GACAAACUCAACCUCAUCCUUCGUUCAUCUUGGCACCUACAUCGCGUCGGAGCAGAUACUACUGUACAGCAAAAUGAGAUUCUCGUUGAUACCACCCUGGAGGCCCUGCAGGCCUUGCGGCAUCACUGCCGGGUCGCCCCUGAUGUCCCCAGCCGUGAGUCUGGACUGGGACGGGAAUUUGCGCUGCGCGCCGCUCGACCAUCUUCUGGGCGUGGACGUCUCAUCCCACCCGGCAUCACUACGCCCUUCGUCAGACUGUCUCUCUCGCUAGAAAGAUUGGUCGCGCUUUUCUUGUUCCAUUAGGAGCGUUGUGUGGACAUCUUUCCCCUAUCAUCAUGGCUUUCCGAGGCGUCUCGCUCAAGGGCCUAGCCCUCAGUUUGAGCCUCCUCUUGACUACAGAAGCACUCGAUUUGAACUCUUUCGGUGGGCAGGCGGAAGUCAGGCUACUCAUGGAGAACGUCGCGGGCCAGGAGACCACACCUGAAGCUAGGGAGAUGCUUACCAAAGCAAACGAGAAGCCCGACUACACAUGCACUGCAACUAAGUCAUGUGAUCUUGGAUGCUGCGGACCUCUCGAUGACACUGGUACCGGUGCCUGUGGCUUUGGUCCCGUCUUCUGCGGCGACAAAUGCACAAGCGAUUGCAAUCGUAAAUCUGAAUGCGAUCCAGGCACCUGGGGCCUCCAGUAUGCGAACCUCACCACUUGCCCACUCAACGUCUGCUGUAGCGAGCAUGGCUUCUGUGGCACGACGGUUGAAUUCUGCGGCCCCAAUCCUGUGCCGCAUCCUCAGUGCGACCUCUCGCAGCGGAGUGCCGACGCGCGCACCAUCGGCUACUACGAGGGCUGGAACUUUCAGCGCCCCUGUGGUAACAUGGAGCCUGAGGACAUUCCCUUGGGCCACUGGACGCACAUCAACUUUGCCUUUGCUCUCAUCAAUCCCAAAACGUUCCACAUCGAAGACAUGGAUCCAGGUACUGGAUCACGCUACGGUCGUGUCGCAGCCCUCAAGGAGAGGCAGCCUAACCUCAAGAUCUGGAUUGCCGUUGGAGGCUGGGCUAUGAAUGAUCCCGGCCCGUACCGAACUGCUUUUUCCGACAUGGCCGCCAGCGAAGCAAACCAAGACAAAUUCUUCGACUCACUGUUGACUUUCAUGAGCCAAUAUAAUCUAGAUGGCGUUGACCUGGACUGGGAGUACCCCGUAGCUGAGGAUCGAGGCGGCAUACCCGAGGACUUUGACAAUUACGUCAAUCUUCUGAGGCGACUUCGCGAGCGCCUGAACUCGUCUGGCCGAGAGUACGGCAUCAGUCUAACACUUCCUGCCUCUUAUUGGUAUCUCCGCGGCUUCAAUCUCCAAGGCAUGGAGCCCUACCUUGACUGGUUUAACAUGAUGACGUAUGACAUUCAUGGUGUCUGGGACGCCAGUAUCGACAGUCUCGGUCCUAUCGCCCAAGCUCAUACGAACUUGACGGAAAUCAAGAUGGGUCUCGAGCUCCUGUGGCGCAACAACAUCAAUCCAGAGCGUGUGGUACUGGGUCUCGGCUUCUACGGCCGCAGCUUUACGAUGAAGGACCCCGGAUGCAUGAAGGCUGGCUGUGAGUUUAGCGAUGGCGCCAAUGGCGGCGCAUGCACGGGCACGCCCGGCGUGCUGUCGGCGGCGGAGAUCAACGAGGUCAUCGUCAAUGGCGCCACUGUCACACACGACGAAGAGGCCGCUGUCAAGAUUGUUACCUGGGACUCGGACCAGUGGGUGUCUUUUGACGACACCCAGACGUUAGGAACAAAAGUCGAUUUUGCUCAUCAGCAUUGCUUAGGAGGAACUAUGGUCUGGGCUAUAGAUCUCGACGACGGUACGCUCACAAAAGCCCUCGGCAAGAACAUCAAGAGGCGACCAAUGCCCACGUACAAACCAAGACAGGUCUAUGAAUGCGGUGCAAGGCCUGAAUUGUAGUUAGCAAGACGAGCGUGUUCAUGUUACAAAGCUGUUCUUAGUCGUCACGAGUUACGUUCAGAGCCAUGACAUAGUCGCAAUUGCACUUUGUCUCCUGUUGCAUGGCCAAUACAGUUGCCGGUGACAUGUGUACGGCCGUUGAGAGACCUCUUGCCUU